AUGUCGUGGUGGAAGAGUUGGUAGCCCUGCACAUGGCCAUCCGAGAAUUACGUCACAGGUGGGCACAAGCCGCAGUCAUUCGCCGGCGCCUCCCUGCAGUCUCAGGUAGCAGCGGCGAUGCGUAGUGCUGUUGCUUUGUACUGAGUGAGCGUGAAAGAACCCUCGUGACGAUAUAUGGUGAUGGACGUGUGGGCCUUUACGUUGUGGAAACAGAAGGUGCGGCGUUGAUGCUGGUAACAGUGGUGGGGAUCCCGGCACACAGCCAGCAGGCAUCGGCAGCAUCCUUCCGCCUGGUCACCGCUUACACGUUAAACCGAACUGAUGACUCCACUCAAACAUUUCUCAGAGUGGGGACCUCUCCCUCCACCCGGUCCCUUACCUUGGCUGUGCAGACUGACCUGACUAACUGUGGAUGCAAUGUCACCGGGAAUUACUCAGGUCGCGUCCUCCAGGUGACAGGUGGCUACACAGGUGAUGCGCUCAAAAUCGUGGCGCAGAGGUACCAGCAUGUGGGGGGCGUUGGAUCAGCUGAGGAGUUGGUGAGCGUAGCGUGGCACCCCGAGGAAGAGAGCGAGACGCAGCCGGAACCGAGGCAGGACGGGGCGUGGUGGUGCGCACUCAGUUCUCUGAAUCCAUCUUUGGCGUAUCUGUGGACUCGCUGAUGCCGGGGAAGCGUCGGCGUCUCCUGAACCUCACCGUCACGCCACACACUGGAGAACACUGGCAGGUGAGCCUACAUGUGCCAAUUAUCUCUACAGCCCUCGAGUGGGAGACGAAGCUCUGGAAAAAUCAGGGCAAGCAACAUUGGGAAGUUAAUGGGGAAGUCAAGUCUACCAAAUCUGACAUAUCGUUAGAAUUCGUUCACUUCAAGCAGGAGAAGCAGGACGAGGAGACUCAGGUCACGGAUGACAGAGGUGAGGCUGGCAGGUGUGAUGCUGAAGGUUGUGGGGACGGCGGUGUCAAGGAGCCAAAAGCCAAGUCGCGGCACCACGUCGACAGUGAUUGCGACUCAGAUUUAAGAAAAGAACAGACAGUAGACCAGAAUGAAGUUUGUAGUGGUCGAGAUCCUAAAUCAGAAGACUUAAAGCAAAAUGAUCAUGAUUCCGUAAUGGUAAAUGUAGACGAAGAAUGUUCCAAGAAAGCGGAGUGUGAUGGACCGGAAGAGUCAGUGUCAAGUGAAGCUGUUCAAGAGACUACACAAAAAUUAACUUCCCGGGUUUUCAGCCUUUCUUCCAACAUGAAGACUUACGUCUCAUCUGACGGAGGACGCUGGAUUCGGAUCCUGCAGCGCACACACCUGGCAUUCUGUCCUCGCCUUGGCUGGAACUUGAACCGUGCGGCGUUGAUGCUGGUAACAGUGGUGGGGAUCCCGGCACACAGCCAGCAGGCAUCGGCAGCAUCCUUCCGCCUGGUCACCGCUUACACGUUAAACCGAACUGAUGACUCCACUCAAAACAUUUCUCAGAGUGGGGACCUCUCCCUCCACCCGGUCCCUUACCUUGGCUGUGCAGACUGACCUGACUAACUGUGGAUGCAAUGUCACCGGGAAUUACUCAGGUCGCGUCCUCCAGGUGACAGGUGGCUACACAGGUGAUGCGCUCAAAGUCGUGGCGCAGAGGUACCAGCAUGUGGGGGGGCGUUGGAUCAGCUGAGGAGUUGGUGAGCGUAGCGUGGCACCCCGAGGAAGAGAGCGAGACGCAGCCGGAACCGAGGCAGGACGGGGCGUGGUGGUGCGCACUCAGUUCUCUGAAUCCAUCUUUGGCGUAUCUGUGGACUCGCUGAUGCCGGGGAAGCGUCGGCGUCUCCUGAACCUCACCGUCACGCCAGACACUGGAAAACACUGGCAGGUGAGCCUACAUGUGCCAAUUAUCUCUACAGCCCUCGAGUGGGAGACGAAGCUCUGGAAAAAUCAGGGCAAGCAACAUUGGGAAGUUAAUGGGGAAGUCAAGUCUACCAAAUCUGACAUAUCGUUAGAAUUCGUUCACUUCAAGCAGGAGAAGCAGGACGAGGAGACUCAGGUCACGGAUGACAGAGGUGAGGCUGGCAGGUGUGAUGCUGAAGGUUGUGGGGACGGCGGUGUCAAGGAGCCAAAAGCCAAGUCGCGGCACCACGUCGACAGUGAUUGCGACUCAGAUUUAAGAAAAGAACAGACAGUAGACCAGAAUGAAGUUUGUAGUGGUCGAGAUCCUAAAUCAGAAGACUUAAAGCAAAA